GCCAAGCCAAGCCGGAGACGAGAGAUCAUGGCGGCACCUCUCGGACGGGACACCCUACCUGACUACUGGUCAUACGGAGUUUGUAGAGAUGGCCGGGUCUUCUUUAUAAACGAUAAAACUCAUAGCACUACUUGGCUACAUCCACGCACUGGUGAACCUGUUAACUCGGGACACAUGAUACGCUCAGAUUUGCCAAGAGGAUGGGAAGAGGGCUUCACGGACGAAGGAGCCAGCUACUUCAUCAACCACAACCUGAGGGCUACAUCGUUCCGGCAUCCUGUUACUGGGCAGAUUUCCCCUGAAAACACAGAAUACACUCUACAGGACAGGUUAGAAGCCCGUAUGUCCAAGUUAGCGGCCAAUCAGAGAUCCACUAGCAUGGUCACAGACUCCUCCAAGGUUGUGACCGCAGCAGCAGUGGAUGGCACAUCAGGGUCAAAGGGAUCAAGAGGUCCGGGGAAAGUUCACAGUUUUGGCAAGAGGGAUCAUUCUAUUAAAAGAAACCUCAACAUCCCUGUGGUGGUGCGGGGCUGGCUCUACAAACAGGACAGCUCUGGAAUGCGACUGUGGAAAAGGAAGUGGUUUGUUUUGUCAGACUACUGCUUGUUUUACUACAAAGACAGCCGAGAGGAGACGGUGCUUGGAAGUAUCCCUCUUCCCAGUUACGUCAUUGCACCAGUUGAGCCUGAUGACCACAUAAACCGCAAAUACGCCUUCAAGGCGAGCCAUACGGGAAUGCGCUCCUACAUUUACAAUAAGAACUCUGUGAUUGGCUCACAGGCAGAACACUGCGGGAUGCGGACAUAUUUCUUCAGUGCGGACACACAGGAGGACAUGAAUGGCUGGAUCCGGGCCAUGAACCAGGCUGCGCUGAUGCAGCAGAGUCACACUAUAAAGAGAGAGGUAGAGAAGCAAAAAAGUGCAGUACAGCAUGCCGUCCCACAGACAAACCACGUCCACAUCAGCCAGCACUCAUCUCAUCCUGAAAGCCAUCGCAGGACAGACAAAGAGGAACCUCGCGAUAAUGGUGUCCAUCCAUCUCAUGGGGACGAGGUGAGGUACGGAAUUGAGAUCCAGGGCAGGCCCAGCCAUUUGGCCUCCGAGGAAAGAGCAGAGAGACUCUCUCCAGACUCUCUUGAUGGUGUCCUCCACAAGAGCGGACAGCAAACUGUGAUCCAGGUGGCCCUGCCGCCUCAACAGAAUGGAAAUCUUGUCUAUCAGAAGGGGUUUGUUUUGCAAGAAGACUCGGAAAAACAUGUGCAGAGGAAGAAUACGCUGGCUCAGGUGGAGCAGUGGGUUAAAGUCCAGAAAGGAGACCCACCGAAGAGUGCUCCCUCUGCUGAGUUCAACCUCCCUCGGCGGACUCCUCCUUUAAAGCCCAAAGCCAGCACAGCAGAUGCAACCUAUCAUUCAUUGCCAAAGUCUCCCCGUCUCCCAUCCGGCAGCAGCUCUCCUCCUGCAACAUUCAACUUGCCCAGUGACUACAAGUACGCCCAUGAUCGGCUCAGCCACUUCCGCAUGUCCACUGAUGAGCGUAUGGCCACCAAGGAGGGGAUGGUGUGGCAGCUGUAUGAGUGGCAGCAGCGGCAGCAGUUCCGUCACGGCAGCCCCACCGCUCCUAUUUACACCGGCCCCAAUUUCACAGACUCUUCAUCUUUUAGAGUAACUGUGGAGAUGCCACGUUCCAUCUCCGUCCCUCCGUCCCCGUGCGAGGUCCCACCGUCACUACCGUCCUUCAAACCCCUGUCCCCUCGCAGGCCACACACUCCCUCAGACAGGCGUACAGUCCGGCCGCUGGAUGAAGUGUUACCUGGGGACAGCACAAGAUCCAGCUCCCCUGGCCAUUUUUGUGCCCAACUAUCUCAGACUUCCCAAAUUGAGAGAAGGUCUAUGCCAGCCAUGGGCUACAUCACACACACUGUCAGUGCACCCAGCUUGCAUGGAAAAACGCCGGAAGAGCUGACUCUGCUCCUCAUUCAGCUUCGGAGGCACCAGGCCAAGAUGGCUGGUGUGCAUAGCCCCAGUGAUGCGUUCGCUCACCUGCAGCGACACCAGCACAACGGCAUUCUGGGCCCCGUCAUGCAGGCUGAUGAUACAUACAUACAACUGAAGAAGGACCUGGAGUAUCUAGAUCUGAAGGUUACAGGACGUGAGAGUUUCAAAACAGAAAGACCAUCGAGGCCUGUGAAAAUAGCAGAAAGUGAUGCAGAUGUGAAAUUAAGUCGACUUUGUGAACAAGACAAGAUUCUACAGGAGCUGGAGGCCAGAAUACGCACUUUAAAAGAAGACAAGGACAAGCUGGAGUCUGUGCUGGAUAUUUCCCACCAGCAGAUGGAGCAAUACAGAGCUCAGCCGGCACAUGCCGAGAAGAUUGCCUAUCAGCAGAAAUUAUUGCAGGAGGAUGUGGUGCACAUCAGGGCUGAAAUAUCCCAAGUUUCUACAGAGAUGGAAAACGCGUGGAACGAUUACAGCCGGCUGGAGAGAGAUGUGGACUGGUUGAAGUCAGCACUGCAGGGACGGAUGACCCGCAGUGAUCUCUGUCAGCAAGAGAAAAUCCAGAUCAGAAAAGAGCUGUGGAGGAUCGAGGAUGUGAUUGCAGGUCUCAGUACCAGUAAAGCCAACUACAAAGUCACUGUCUCCUCUGUUACCAACCCAGAGAGGAAAUUUGUGCCUUCAGUUUCGGCAUCAUCAGUGCCUUCUGUGUCUGGGAGCCCGUCUGCUAUGGAGAUGAGAUUGUCGCAGCACAGCCCCCACCUCAGCCCCAGUAUCCACACCCCCACCGUGUUCUCCAGCCCCAGCCAGCAGCCCUUACAACACUCUGCAACUAUCACAAGUGGGCUUAACUGGGGUGAGGAUGAUGUGCCUCCCAGACCUCCUCUACCUCAGCUCUACAGUCCAGAUGAGAAUCCCCCCGCUGUGCCCCCCCUGCCGCGAGAGACAACGGUCAUCAGACACACCUCCGUACGCGGCCUCAAACGACAGUCGGAUGAACGCAAAAGGGACAGAGAGGUUGGCCAGUACACUAAUGGAGACAGUAAGGUGGAACUUAGACCUUUCCUGAGCGAUCCAGAGCUUAUGGGUGCUGGAGACGGCUCCAGCCACAUCAGUGUAGUAACAUCAUCUGGACCUGAGGGUUACCAGACAUUACCCAGCAGAGGAGUGGCUGGUUCCUCACUAAGACUAAAUCAUUCAAGCAUCUCUUCAUACGUGACCCUCCGAAGAUCGGCCUCAGCUGUCGGCGUAAAGGAGAGACCAAAAAGUGCCUUGGAGCGUCUGUACUCUGAGGACCCAGCGCAGCAGCAGCAGAGGGGGAAGAUGAGCGCUGAUGAGCAACUGGAGAGGAUGAAGAGGCACCAGAAGGCUCUUGUCCGCCAGCGCAAACGCACCCUGAGUCACGGAGACCGACACGCCUCUCCUUCUUCGCCACGCCCCUCCUCCUCAUCCUCACGCCCGCUUUCAGCAGACAUCGGAUCAUGGAAGAGAGAGCAGGAGUUUGACCUGCAGUUGCUGGAGAGGGCUGUUCAGGGAGAGGAGGCACAGGCAGUAAGGAGCAUUCAAGGGGAGGAAAGACCCCCCGAGCACAAAGAGAGAUGGCGCUCGCACUCUGACGAAUGGCUGACCUUCCGCUCAACAGUUACAAGCCCUCCUGUGCAUGAGCCUGACCUGGAACCACUAGACUAUGACCUGGACCUGAAGAAAGAGCUUUCCAAGCCUCAGAAAGUGUUGAUACCUGAGCGCUAUGUGGAUUCAGAGCCUGAGGAGCCUCUCAGUCCACAGGAGGUGGAGGAACGCCAUCGCAAGGUGGAGCGCAUAAAGAACAUUUUGGCAAAGUCCAGUGUGCAGAACCUUGCAGCUACAGUGCCUGUGGACAAGCCAGAUGUGGGGCUGGUGGCCCUUGACUCAGCUCUGCAGGAGCAGGAAAGGAUCAUCACCAUGUCCUACGCUCUCGCCUCAGAGGCUUCGCUCAAGAGCAAGCUGGUCACAGUUCCUCCACAGGCUAACCUCCCCAUCCCUCCUCCCCCACCCCCUCCUCCACCUCCACCUCCUCCUCCUCCUCCUCCUCUUCCUCCUGUAUCUGCUGUGUCUGUGGCGCCUCCCUCUCCUCUAAGCAACGGAAUUCACUACACGUUUGUCUAAUACAAGAGAUAAACUCAAGCAAUUUCUGGACACUGAGGUGCUAUCCUACAAUGACAAAAAAAAACCUGACAACAACUGGAUUCUACAAGAAACAGGAUUUUGCUUUUACUUCCACUCAGCAGUACACAAACUGAACUAAACUUCUAAGCUGCUCUCUGACGCUCGAGCAGCAUUGACAGCAUCGCGUGUUUCUAGUUUCUUAAAGCAACAGGACAUUAAGACGGGAGCUGCUGUGCUUAUUAACUAUGGCAUUGUCUAACAAAUGUAAAUCUCAUAGUAAUAAAAAUAUAUUUUCUACAUGUCAUUGCACUUUGAUUGUACACUGUUUUCAAGGUAUGAAUGAAAGGCUUUUCCUUGCAGUAUGUUCAUCUGGGAGCUAGUUUGUGUUUGUCUCUUUGUUUUGUCAGGUACAGACGUAGGUACUAAAGCAUCAUGAUGGUAGUAUUUUUGUCAAAAACUCAGAUAAUAUUCUUACACCAAACCACUUGAACUAUCAUCUGUAUGUACCUGUAGCACUGCCAGUCUCCUUUUAGCUUGCCCAGAAGAGUUUUAUUUUUGCUUACAUCAGGAUGAAAAUAACCUUUAACAUAUUUUCUGUGUGACUGGCGAAUGUUGCACAAUGGAAAUUUAUAAAAAUGUAAAUAUUAAAGAUAUUAAAACUAAAUCUGCUUUUA